AUGUAUGUACUCCUUAAAGCCCGGUUUUUACCCGCUCCGUCGGCUUUCGCCUUUCACUUCCCUCAAUACUUCUUUUACUUCUUUCAGGCUUUGACAGGUUCCAAGACUAUGACCCAUGGGUCCUGGAACUAUGUUAUUGCUAUAAUCUGUUCGUAUUCACAGAAUUCCUACUUCCACACUGGUAGAGUCGGUUGGACCCUUGGAACCUGUAACGGCCGUGGCGCCAUUCCAAACUUUCACCCUUCGUUUCUUCAACAUGAUUUGUCAGUCAGCGCGUCAACGGCGUGUACCGAGCACGGGGAUGAGAUUCUGGCCAUCUCCGACGCCAGUCAUACUAAUAGCUUCUAA